AAAAGAUGACGCUACGUUACUGAGGGGCGUGACACAUAUUUAUCUUUGUAUAUAAGCAAGUUUAGUACUACAGGUAGUCAACAGGUCUUUCAAAGAUCUUUUAAAAUGUCGAUUCUUCCUUUGAUUGUACUUGCCGUUUUGGCAUCUGCUGAUGCCGCGUUGAAGGUGAACCACCUGACUCAGAUGGACGACCGCGGUCGGGUUGUUGAGUUGGACGUGAUGCACGACGAAGAGGACCAAACGAUAAUCACUGUCGUCGGCGAUGUCUCCAAAUAUGAAAACACCGACCAGACGAUCAAUUUGCACGACCUAAAAACGGGAUACGGCGUUUUAAAGAACAUCAACGAAAAGCUAUGCACCAUCACAAAAACGCCAAUGAAGAACAUUCCAUUCUGGAAAUUUGAACAAGGCUUCACGACAGAGAUCCACAAACAUGACCUGACCUACAUCCGUAAGCAGAUGACCAAUAAGGAUGUCCUGGAACUUGCCGGUCCAAAGAUUGCUGAAUUUUGCAAAGAUUACUACUCGUUCCAAGCCACAGUGACACCGAAACGAUCCGUUAAGGCAGUGACAUUAGUGGAGCAAGGAAGAGAAAUGUGGUGUGUCAUUUCUCACUGCCUUACAACAAACUCGGUUGCAGAUUUGGUUGGCUAGGAUUUCACGAGUGACCGAAUGAAUUGUAUUCCUUGAAGAACACUUCAACAAAUUGAAUAAAAACAUAUUGCAAUC